AUGGGAGAAAAUGAUGGACAGACCUGCCGGCAAGAGGAUGCGACUGUCACAAAAACACCACCCAAGCUGCCCGCACCACCGGAGCCUGAGAAUGACAAAGGCAUCUUCCCCUCAAUCAAGAGCCCGGAGCUGGAAGGCUUGGAAGGUAUAACAGCUGAGAACGUGGACGUCUUCAAACUCGAUGCAGUGGCAGCUCUUAAGCUCUUGUGUCGUAGCGUCGACGAUCUAGUUCAGAUCACGGGAGAUAUCCCUCCUACCCCUCCUGCACGGAGUAGAGGUACUUCUCCAGCAAAAGGUUUCUCCAAGCUGCGUGAAGUUACACCGGGUGAGAUCACGACCCCCGAGAAGAAGACUUUCGGACUACGACCGCCUGGUUCACAAGCACACGACAUUAUCGAUGGUGUGCAAUUCGCAAAGACACCCAUCGGUUCGCCGGAAGCACAAGCCCACGAGCCUAUCUCUGCGGCGCAAAUCAUUGGGGCCCAUGCGCAGCCGAUUUACAUCCAGCAUGGGGCUCUUGCUCGAAAAUUCUAUUCGAAACGCCCUCCUCCCAUCUCCACCGAGGACUACCUAAUGCGCAUGCAUAAGUACUGCCCAAUGUCAACUGCUGUCUACUUGGCCUCGUCACUGUAUAUCACUCGUCUAGCGAUACAGGACAGGAUCCUACCUGUGACACCACGAAACGUCCAUCGAUUGCUUCUGGCGUGUCUCCGGGUCGCAAUGAAGGCACUUGAAGACCUGUCGUGGCCGCAUGCGCGAUUCAGUAAGGUAGGUGGGGUGUCGGAAAGUGAGCUUGGGCGCCUUGAGAUCACUUUUUGCUAUCUUAUGGACUUUGCUUUGAAGGUCGAUGCUGCCAUGCUUCAGCGCGAAGCAGAAAGUCUCUGCCGCAAAGACCGAUAUGACAAUAUUGUCUUGGACAGCCCGCUCAGCCCUCUAGAGCUACGUAUACCCGAGGAGGGCGAGAGAAAGUCCAGGUCAGCUGAAAAGCGCAAGGCCAGUAGCACUCUACCGUCGAGGCCUCUGGUCAAAGUUGGAAAUGCAAUUGAGGUUAUGGGUCAGUCCUAG